AUGUCUCCCCUAUCGCGCUCCUGGUUGCUGCGCCUGGCUGUCUUCUGCCAUCUGACCAUCCUGCUGGCUGGACAGCACCACAGUGUUAAGAAAUGCCGCAUCACAUGCAACAAGAUGACUUCAAGAAUCCCUGUGACCUUCCUAAUCCACUAUGAAGAAAACCACAAGUCCUGUGGGAAGCCUGCUAUCAUCUUGGAGACCAAGCAGCAUAGAAUCUUCUGUGCUGACCCAAUGGAGAAAUGGGUCCAAGAUGCCAUGGCAUAUCUGGACCACCAGGCAGCUGCUCUGACCCAAAAUGGUGGCACGUUUGAGAAGCAAAUCGGCGUGGGUGAGCCCAGGACAACCCUGGCUGCAAGGGGGAUGUACCAGACUGCUGUGUCAGAGCCCCAAGCUGCGGGGGAAAGCAGUAGUCUGGAGCCGACUCAUCCUUCCCAAGAGGCACAGGAGGCCUUGGGGACUUCCCCAGAGCUGCCAACCAGAAUUGCUGGUUCCCUGGGGACCAGGUCCCCCUCAGCCUCAAACACUGAGCUUGACGGGCUUCCAACUGGAUCAGACAGAGAUGAGUUUCUCAGUGUGGCUUCUGUCUCCACCACGAGUUCCGCUACCUACCAACCUGGGUCAGGUCUCCGGGCCAAGGGAAAGGCCUCCGAAUCCCCCUCCACAGAAGCCUCCUCCACUCAGGGCCCCUCCGCUGAGGUCCCCACCAUUUCACACCCAGUCCCAGAGGCCAGCACUGGGACUGAAGGCCAGCCUGUAUGGACUAAGGAACACAGCCCCAUGCCAGAGAACUCUCCAGAGUCUGAGGAGAUGGGCCCCAUUCCAGCUCACACGGAUGCGUUCCUGGAUUGGGGUCCUGGAAGCAUGACACAUAUUUCUGUGGUCCCUGCCUCCUCUGAAAGAGCCCCCAGCAGGGAGCCAGGAGCUGAAGGCAGCUGGGCCACCAAGACCGAGGAACCCAUCCAUGCUACCGUGGACCCCCAAAGGCUGGGUGUCCUCAUCACUUCUGUCCCUGACACCCAGGUGGCCACCCGAAGACAGGCAGUGGGGUUGCUGGCCUUCCUUGGUCUUCUUUUCUGCCUGGGCGUGGCCAUGUUUGCCUACCAGAGUCUCCAGGGCUGCUCCCGCAAGAUGGCAGAGGAGAUGGUGGAAGGGCUUCGCUAUGGCCCCCGGAGCUGUGGCAGUAACUCGUAUGUCAUGGUACCAGUGUGA